CGGACUGUUCGGAGGUUUGCCGCGAUGGGGCUGCUGCCGCCGCUCUUGGGGCUGCUGCUCGGGGCCUCGGUGCUGCGGGGAGCUGCCGCCACAUGCGGCUACGAGGUGUUGAAGAACAUUAUCGGUUUGAAGUCCUGCCCAGUGACGAAACCUGACAUGCUGAACGUUCAUCUGGUCCCCCACACACAUGAUGAUGUGGGCUGGCUGAAGACAGUGGACCAGUAUUUCUUUGGAGUCCGCAAUGACAUUCAGCAUGCCGGGGUGCAGUACAUCCUGGACUCGGUCAUCCCACAGCUGCUGGCAGACCCCAGCAAGCGCUUCAUCUAUGUGGAAGUGGCCUUCUUUGCCCGCUGGUGGGGGCUGCAGACAGAAGCUAUGCGCCAGGCAGUGCAGCAGCUUGUUGCAGAAGGCCGCUUGGAGUUUGUGAACGGCGGCUGGUGCAUGAAUGACGAGGCCUCUGUGCACUACAGCGCUGUCAUCGACCAGAUGAGCCUGGGGCUCCACUUCCUGCAGAAGACAUUUGGCGAGUGUGGCCGCCCCCGGGUGGCCUGGCACAUCGACCCUUUCGGGCACAGUCGGGAACAGGCCUCCCUCUUUUCUCAGAUGGGCUACGAUGGCCUCUUUGUGGGCCGCAUUGAUUACCAGGACAAGGCCCGGCGCGAGGCCCUGAGGGAGAUGGAGCAGCUCUGGCGUGCGAGCGGCAGCCUGGACCCUCCUGCGGCUGACCUCUUCACGGGUGUCCUGCCAAAUGGCUACGACCCGCCCACCGCGCUCUGCUGGGAUCAGAUCUGCUCGGACAACCCAAUUGUGGAUGACGACAGUGAUGAGAACAAUGUGAAGGAGCUAGUAGCCUACUUCCAGGGAGUCGCCACUGUUCAGGCCAAAUACUAUCGCACCAACCACAUUGUCAUGACAAUGGGCUCUGACUUCCAGUACGAGAAUGCGCACCUUUGGUACACGAACAUGGACAAGCUAAUCAAGCAUGUCAACGCACAGCAACUGAGUGGGAGCCGCAUCAAUGUUCUCUACUCCACUCCAAGCUGCUACCUGUGGGAGUUGAACAAGGCCAACAUGUCAUGGUCUGUAAAAUAUGACGACUUCUUCCCGUACGCGGACGGGGGCCACCAGUUCUGGACAGGCUACUUCACCAGCCGCCCAGCUUUGAAAGGCUACGAGCGGCUCAGCAACAACUUUCUGCAGGUCUGCAACCAGCUGGAAGUGCUGGCUGGUAAACAAGCAAAUGUGGGGCCAUAUGGCAGUGCCAACAGUUCUGUGCUGCGCCAGGCCAUGGGAGUCGCUCAGCACCACGAUGCAGUGAGUGGGACGGCGAAGCAGCAUGUGACCAAUGACUACGCCAAACAGCUGUCCCUGGGCUGGGACACCUGCCAGAUUGUGGUCAGCAAUGCCCUUGCCAGUAUUGCCGGCAGCAAGGAGAACUUCAUCUAUUGUACCUACCUCAACAUCAGCGUCUGCCUGCUGACGGAAGGCGCCCAAAGCUUCAUCGUCAUUGCCUACAACCCUCUGGCGCGCCCCGUAGGCUGGAACAUCCGCCUGCCAGUGAAUGGAAGCCGCUACUCUGUCUUGGCCGCGGACGGCCAGGCUGUUCUGAAUGAGGUGAUCCCUGUAUCAAGUUUCACCCGCGCCGUACGGCGUGAUCAGGGCAGUGCCAUCAAUGAACUGGUGUUCCAAGCCUCCCUCCCACCAGUAGGCUAUACCACCUACUCCAUCUCCAGGUUGCCCGGUGGGCAACCAGUGCUCCCCAAGCCUCUGAAGAAGCUGCACCAUCAGCCUGGAGCAGAGCAUCUUUCCUGGUCGAUGGAGAAUGAGCAUCUCCGGGUUCUGUUUGACCCCAAAACAGGGCUCCUGAAGGAGAUUGAGAACCUGGACAAGAACAUCUCCUUACCAGUAUCCCAAAACUUCUUCUGGUACAACGCCAGUGCUGGGAACAUGGACAGUAGCCAGCCGUCCGGAGCCUACAUCUUCCGCCCCAACCACUCUGAACCGUUUGCUGUUGCUCACGGAGCCCGUGUGUCCCUUGUGAAGACCCAGGUGGUGCAGGAGAUGUACCAGAACUUCUCUGACUGGUGCUCCCAGGUGGUGCGCCUCUAUCCUGGGCAGCCCUAUGUGGAGCUCGAGUGGACAGUCGGACCCAUCCCCAUCCGGGACGGCCUCGGCAAGGAGAUCAUCAGCCGCUUUGAGACAAACCUGCAGACCGACGGGCUGUUUUACACUGAUGCCAACGGGCGCGAGAUCCUGCAGAGGAGGCGCAAUUACAGGGCCACGUGGAACCUGACCCAGACCGAGCCCAUUGCUGGCAACUACUACCCCGUGAACAGCCGCAUCUACAUCAAGGACCCGAAGAUCCAGCUGACGGUGCUGACGGACCGCUCGCAGGGGGGCAGCAGCAUCCUGGACGGCUCUCUGGAGCUCAUGGUGCAUCGGCGGCUGCUGUACGACGACCACCGCGGUGUGGGGGAGCCGCUGCUGGAGCCGGGGGAAUACUACGAUGGGCUCGUGGUGCGGGGCCGCCACCUCCUCCUCCUGGACACCACGGAGUCCUCGGCAGAGCAGCACCGGCUGCGGGCCCAGCAGGAGUUCAUGGCGCCCCAGGUGGUGCUGGCGCCUGGCAGGGGGCCGCCCUACCAGCCUGGCCAGGACAGCCUGAAGGAGUUUUCUGCCCUCCGGCACGCUCUGCCCUCCAACAUCCACUUGCUCACACUAGCCCAGUGGGAACCUGACUCCAUCCUCAUCCGACUCGAGCACCAAUUUGAACGUGGGGAGAGUGCCAAUGGCUCCAUGCCCGUUACCAUUAACUUGCUGAACCUGUUCUCUGUCUUCAACAUCAUUUCCGUGCAAGAGAUGAGCUUGGCAGCCAACCAGAAGCGAGAGAACAUGGACAGGCUCAUUUGGUGGCCAGCUGAAGGAGCAGCACAGCGGCAAUCAAGGAUUCACCUAGACCCAGCCCACAUCACGCUACAACCGAUGGAGAUCCGGACCUUCCUGGUUCAUAUUCAGCACCAAAUGAUGCCUGGGAGAGAGCUCAGAGGAGGGGACUAAUGUGCUGCCAUUUCAUCCCAUGCAUGUGGAGUUCGAGACGGCCUGAAGAGCGGCAGGACAUGGGAGCCUCCUGUGCCCCUUUCAAGAGGGAGCAAAGAGGUCGUGCUGCCUGCGGCAAGAGGGUGACUGACGCCUGACUGAGGCCUGGUAGCAGGACCCUGUCCUGAGCACUUUGCUGGGAUUUCUCUUCUGGUGAAUGAAAAAGGGAUCAUUGUUGAAAUGCCCUCCUCCUCCUUCAAGCGCACACAGAAGCCUGUACAGAAGUGCUGGAGUAUUUGGGCAAACUUAUGUGCAAUCAUUAACUUUUAAAUAAACCACUUAAGGAUA